CGACUGACCAACAGACCGACAACACAUCCCGACCGCAACCAUGGCCACCGAGCUCACUGUCCAGUCCGAGCGCGCUUUCCAGAAGCAGCCGCACAUCUUCUUGAACCACAAGGCCACUGGUCCCCGCAAGAACACCCGCACCAGGCGAUGGUAUAAGGAUGUUGGUCUGGGCUUCCGCACGCCCAAGACCGCCAUUGAGGGCUCCUACAUCGACAAGAAGUGCCCCUUCACCGGUAUGGUCUCGAUCCGUGGCCGUAUCCUGACCGGCACUGUCGUCUCCACCAAGAUGCACCGUACCCUCGUCAUCCGCCGCGAGUACCUCCACUUCGUUCCCAAGUACUCCCGUUACGAGAAGCGCCACAAGAACCUCGCCGCCCACGUCUCUCCCGCUUUCCGUGUCGAGCCCGGUGACCAGGUCAUCGUCGGCCAGUGCCGACCCCUCUCCAAGACCGUCCGUUUCAACGUCCUCCGUGUGCUUCCCCGAACCGGCAAGGCUGUCAAGUCUUUCACCAAGUUUUAAGCGAUUGGUAUAGACAGCUGGGAUGCUGAGGCAAUGCGGAGCGGGCUGGGCGACAAUGGGAUGAGAUUUCGAUGGUUCAAUCAAUGCAUUUGGGACUAGGAUUCGGAGUCCAUCGGGCUGUGUAUGUUUCUUCAGUCUAUGAGAAAUGAAAGCCCUUGGCAGGCAAAAAGCGCCGCUGAGGCAGGUCAAAAGCAAUGAGGGAUAGUGAUACCACCGGUGCCUACCAUGAGAGUGAGCGAUUCAUCUAUGUACAUGGUGCAAUCCUGGAAUUUUCAUUUCCGAUCCGCGACGUCUAAUCUUCGGUAAUGUCCAGCUGCGUGUACCGUCCGCCUUGCACCAGUCCGCCUACUUCCAUCGUACUCUGAAGAUCUUCUCCAGUAAAUUUGCGUAUCGACAGUCGACUCGCAGGUCUCUCCGCAAGUGAUAGGAACGCAGGCCUUCGCUACCUGUUUAUCCCAUGGGUCACAUGCACAUUCACCAUAAUAAG